AUGGAAUGUCAAAGGAUAUACCUGAGGAGACUUCUUCCUCUAUUUGUGCUAACUCUCAUUAGUUUCCAGAAUGAGAUUGCUGAUCAGGCACCACCAAAGGGAUUUAGAUUCGCCUCUUAUGAGGUGACCAUCCCAAGACAACUGACUCCUAGAUAUGGUCAGGAAGAAUCCAAAGGCAUCAGCUAUCUGUUGAAUAUUGAGGGGAAGGGCCACAUGUUCCAUCUGAGGCAGAAGAAAGCAUUUGUCCCUAAACACUUUCCUGUCUUCACCUACAAUAAGGUGGGGGAACUCCAAGUGGACUAUCCUUUCAUCAAGCAUGACUGUUUCUAUCAUGGCUUUGUCCAGGGCCAGCUCUCUUCCCAGGUCACCCUCAGCAUUUGCUCUGGAGGACUCAGAGGUGUGUUUCAGCUUGACAACAUGACCUAUGAAAUUGAACCUGUCCAGGCAUCUGCUAGCUUCCAGCAUGUAGUGUAUCGUCUGGAAGAGAAGGAAGGUGUUGUUAGGAUGAGGUGUGGGGUAACAAAGGAAGAGGAAAGACGGCAAGAGAUUCUGCUGCAGAGCAGAGAAAAAGUGGUGGUCAAAAGGAAUUUGCAAAAUGGGUGGUGGACCCAUGUUAGAUAUGCAAAGCUGGCAAUUGUAGUGGACCAUGAACGAUUUGUGGGGUUUGACAGAAAUGAAACUGUUGUUACUUUGUAUGUUCUGGAUAUUUUUCAUACUGCCAUUUCUUUCUAUGACCCACUUUCUGUUGAGCUGUCUUUAGUUGGACUAGAAAUCUGGUCAGAAAGGAAUCUCAUACCUAUUAGUUUCUUUCCGGGGGCUGUACUUUGGGCUUUUUCUGAAUGGAGAAGACUUUCACUUAUUCCCCGUCUAUGGAAUGAUGCUGCUCACUUAUUUUUAUAUAAAGAGUUUUCUCCAGUACAUGGAACUGCAUAUGUAGAAACUAUCUGUAGUGCAGAUUAUGCAGCUGGUGUUGAUUAUUUCAUGUCUAACAAUUUAUUUCAUUUCUCUAUUACAUUUGCACAUGAAUUGGGACAUAAUUUUGGCAUGAGCCAUGAUGAAAUAUAUUGUCAUUGUGAUAGAGCGGCUUGCAUCAUGGCUGCAUAUCAUCAUGUCACUGAUCAGUUUAGCAAUUGUAGUUAUAGGGACUAUUUCAAAUUCAGGAACAGUCCAUGUUUGUUAAUACCACCAGGUGAAAUGUUACAUGACCUCCCAUAUUGUGGAAACAAAGUUGUGGAAGAAGGAGAGCAAUGUGAUUGUGGUUCAGAAGCUGAAUGUGAAUCAGAUCCCUGUUGUCAGUCUAAUUGUGAGUUACGUUCAGGGGCUGCUUGUGCAUUUGGAUCAUGUUGCAAAAACUGCCAAUAUACUCCAGCUCGUUCUGUUUGCAGAAGAAAUAUUAGUGUAUGUGAUCUUUCUGAAUACUGUCAUGGAACUUCACAAUGGUGUCCUGAAGACGUCUAUGUUCAAGAUGGAGCCCCAUGCAGAGAUGGGGCAUAUUGUUAUCACGGGAAUUGUACUACGCAUGACAGGCAGUGCAAAAUUAUCUUUGGCUCCAAAGCAAGAGUGGCUUCAGAGGAUUGUUUCAGAAUAAUGAAUGCUCAAGGUGAUCGUUUUGGCAACUGUGGCCUUGAACAUGGAGUUUAUAACAAAUGUACAACUUUGAACGUCCUGUGUGGCCGGAUCCAGUGUGAGAAUUUGUAUAAUCUCCCCACAUUGGAAGAGCACAGCACCAUCAUUCAGACACAGACUGGGCACAUUCAAUGCUGGGGCCUAGACUACCACAGUGGAGUGGAAAUACCUGAUCACGGAGCAGUAAGGGAUGGCACUCCUUGUGGCACAGACAUGAUGUGCAUUGGUGGAGAGUGUUUGCAUGUGUCCCUCUUGAACUAUGACUGUAAUCUCACUAAGUGUCAUAACCGUGGAGUAUGCAAUACCUACAAACAUUGCCAUUGUAAUUAUGGCUGGGCCCCUCCUGACUGUCUCAAAGAAGGUUAUGGUGGCAGUAGUGACAGCGGACCUGCUUCACAAGAUAGGAGUGCUAUAGUUGCAGGGGCUGUUGUUGGAACUUUAUUUGCUUUGUCUUCAGCAACUAUUGCUCUUGCCGUGGCUGUAUACUAUAUGGUUGUGCUGAGCCGUAGUUUUAGAAGACUGAGCACAGUUAUUUCCCCAGUCAAGUUGAUGGAAGAAGCAAAGUGA